GAGACGGGCGCUUUAGCGCGGAAAGUUAGAGGAGAGUCCGCGCGCGGCCAGCUGUUCUUAGAGCGUGCGGAUUUAAAACUGCGUGGGAAGUUCGAGUCAUACACCACGCAAAGACGCGCCAAGGCUGGAUUUGCGUGGCCACGCCUGUGAAACGGAACCACGACCUAGGCCAGCGUCACCGUGCCAUCCCGAAGCGACCGUGCCCUUGCCUGAGCUCCUGGACACUGGGUAGGGGGGUCCCACCUCGCAGACGUCUUACACCCCGAGAUGGACAGCACUGCUAUGCUGCUUCUGCUGCUGGUCGCCAGGGCGACUGCAGAUUCGCAGAAGUUGUGUGACCCGGUUGAGGUUCUGGGGAACAAAAAUGAUUGGAUCAGUGUGGAGCAGGACAUGUCUCCUGGCUGCUGGUCCAGCUUCUCAAGCAGCGGCAAAUAUGUGCACAUCCUGCACCUGGAGAUUGGCGAAUCAGUGCAGGUUGUUGAAAUAGACCUGGCAGCGGCAGGAGCCUCUCACCUGGUAGUGAGCAGCAGCAGGCCCACAACUGUAUACUGCACUAACAAUGAGAACGUCACACUCUACGCAACAGGUAACUCCCAGGUUGCAUUCUUUGGGAAGAGCCCGAUUCAAAAUGACCUGCCCUCUGACAGAAAUAGUCUUGUAACAUGGAGCUAUGUAACGCUUGGAGGCCUGACAUCAUUCACCACUGUGAGAGAUCCACGGAAAAUCAGCUUCACUGGAGGCCCAGAAGCAGCAGCAGGAGAGGGCGCUUUGUACUGCGCGCCCCAGAACCACUUUUUCCCCAAGGAUUACUUUCUGCAGUUCGACGGCAGCCAGCUCCUGAAGUCCUGCCCACACAGCUCUGCACCGUCUGGAAAGGAGCUGCACGUUAUCAACAUCCUGGACAACACGCCCGCCCAGGACGUGUCUGUCCAUGUGCUGUCUGAUACAGAGAUCGCCCUGUUCCUGAGAGGUCCAGCUGGGACCAAGUGGACCAUAGAGGGUGAACCUCAAACCGACAUACAGAUCUUUUCCAAUAACCAGGUUCAUAUGAAGGGAAGCCCGAUCGCUGCAGGUGUACCCAACCUCCCGGACAGUACUCAGGCUGUACAGCAGAGGGCGCUAUUGGAGGCCAAAUCCACCGUCAUCACCAGCUAUGCGGAGAUCAGGCCUGGGGCGUCGGCAGUCAGGAUGACUGUAGGGAAGGAGAGGGGAGGGAGAGAAGAGUCAGGGACAGAACCUUUGCCUACUUCAUCGCCUCCCAGUCACAACCAGCUCCAGCUGUUCGACUCUCCGGACUACAAGACUCCUCUCGACCCCUCGGUCAAGAUCCAGACAGACAGGAGGAUAUAUGCAAAGAUCUCCAGCCUGACCGACGGGUCGGACUCGAUGAAGCUGAAGGUGAGCGGCUGCUCUGUGACGUCGCGGGCCUCGGCCGCGGUGAGGCACGAGCUGCCCCUGCUGUCUGAGUGCUGCUCCCAGGCCUCCUGCACCCUCAGUCUGACCCUGCAGCACAUCCAGGACCUGCCGUCCGGCAGCUGGAGCCUGCAGUGCCACAUCCGAGUCUGCACCGCGGCCCGGGGCAAACAGCACUGUGCAGAGGGAGGGAGUGUGCACCGGGACGUGGAGGUGCUGCGGUCAUCCUCUCCUCCAGACCCCUGUGUGGACUUUGGUCUCUCCGCUGUCCUCGGCAUCGCGUUCGGAGGGUUUCUGAUCGGGAUUCUUCUGACCGGAGCCCUGUGGCUUAUCCAGAACCUCACAGGUCUGGGGAAAGGGUCCAGCGCUGUGCACAUCUCAGGGUGCCCCUGCGUGAGGAGGAAGCGGCAGCCGGUGCCCGCUGGCCCCGGGCCCUGCGAGGACAGCAGCGCCAGCCCCAGCAUGGGCAGCACCCACAGCACCCCCACCAGCAGCAUGGCAUAGGGGGCGGGGCCAGGGGUGACACGCCCACCUCACUGCUGCCUUCCUCUGCUGCUGGGAAAGCGGAGCUUGUGCUUGGUUUUUGGGACAGAGUGCUGCUUGCUGUUCACAUGAAUGCGCACACGCACACACACACACACACACACAUAUAUGCGCACACUAAUAAACAUAUAUUCACAC